AGCCACCGGUGCCCUAUAUACUUGGUCAGCCCCAGGAAACUCUUCCCUAGCCAAGUCCAGCUCGGUACCGAGCGCCGGAGUAACAUGGUGUGCAAGGCGCUCAUCGCUCUCUGCAUCUUCACCGCAGGACUGAGGGUACAGGGUGCACCAACAUCAGUCCCCUUGCCUGUUUCUCUUAUGACAAAAAUCACCCCACCUACAGUCACCUGGACUACCUCUGCUCAAAACACUGCUAUGGCCGCCACCCCUGGGGCCAAUGACACUCACAAUGCCUCAGUCCUCACCACGACUCCUGCAUCUGUGACAUCUCAGCUCCCCAAGAACAUUUCCACUGUCCCCAAAGAAGAGGCUGUCACCAGCCCGGCUUUGAAGCAGAAUAGCAGCAACACAGUCUCUUCACCUACCAGCUUCUCCUCAACGAGCAGCAACGUCCCCUUGACAUCCACACCCAAGGAACACAGCCUUGGCAGUCCUGAAACAAGUGUGCCAGCCACUUCCUCACAGCAACCCAUGCUCAUUUCUUCUCGGGCACCAACCUUGACGUCUACAUCCCAGGCAACUUCCCCACCCGAGUCUCUGUCUGAAUCCAGUACCUCUAAUCACAGCUCUACUGUGAUUAGCAUCCAGCCCACAGGAGCUCCAAUGGCACCCACCUCCCCAACUGAGGGGCACAGCUCUAGUCACAUGCCCACUUCCCAUGUCACAGCAGAGCCAGCACCCAAGGAGAAAUCACCCCAAGAUGCUGAGCAUGGCAAAGUGGUCUGUGAGUCUGAGACCACCACUCCCUUCCUGAUCAUGCAAGAAGUGGAGAAUGCCUUAAGUUCAGGCAGUAUCGCUGCCAUCACCGUGACCGUCAUCGCCGUGGUGUUGUUGGUGUUUGGAGCUGCAGCAUAUCUAAAGAUCAGGCAUUCCUCCUACGGAAGGCUGCUGGAUGAUCAUGACUACGGGUCCUGGGGAAACUACAACAACCCUCUCUACGAUGACUCCUAACAAAGAAAGGUGGCUGGGGACAAGAAGUAUCUGUCCUUUAUUUAUAAGUGCUUAACCAGUAGAAUUAAUAACAAGUACCUGAUGCUCAUCGAAUGACAAUCGCAAGCUCUGUUUUGUUGGUAUGAUUGUUUUGUUUGGUUUUUUGUUUUGUUUUGUUUUUCCUCCCCCUCCUCUGCUGCUGCUGCAACAUCCCCCUUCUGGUACAAAAGAACCCUUUUGUAAAGGCCAGUGGAGGCCGACUUGCAACUGACACGGGCCACCUUUGCACUGACCAGGCCAGUCACCAUGAGACGGAAGCUGCAGUCCCCACCACAGGACCCCGCUUUGGAAGAACUGAGGGAAAGGGCUCAGGUGGCCUUGUUGGGGAAUUUAAUUUUAGGGGAACUUUUGGUUUGGGCUAUUUCUUAAACUUCUCUGUAGGAAAUUACAUAAGUAUCUGUCAGUGAGGAGAAAGGAAUGAAUCCCUGGAGGCUAUCACCCUGUGUGGAGGAAGCAGAGGUUUCUUGAUUUCAUUUUAAUCACUGUUCACCUGGCUAUAUCUGACAGGACACCUACCUGGUCCUACAAGCAGACAGACAACUCUCAGCUGCCUGAUAAAGGAAAGAUGAAAGAGGGCUGUGCCCAGGAGACCAGCGGCAAGAGCAAAGUAGCAUAGUGGGCUGUCAAUCUCAGCAUGCUCUCACCCUGUCCUCUCCAUGCAGGCCACUUGAAGGCAGUGGGGAUCCCAGCCACUCCCCAUGCAGGCCACUUGAAUGCAGUGGGGAUCACAGCCCGCUGGCUUUCUGAAAAGUUACAGCCCAGUUCCGAAAGAGAAAGGUGAGUUUGAAGGACAGAAAGGGAGAGGCAUGUGGAGCAUAGGGGUAGGG